AAACAGAGAGAACAACAGUGUUCUCCCUCCAAAUUGUUGCUCAAGCCAUUUUCUUUCUGCCAUAGAUAUUCUGAUACUGGAAGGAUGAACACGUAGUACUGCCUUUUCCUGAUAGGAAGGUUCUUUCGUAUUCUGGACUUUUAAUUGCUUCCUACCUGAAUUUUCAAAUACCUGACCUUGUUCUUGCGAUGGACGGUCAAGGAACUUCAAGCCGGAGGGUUGAAUUUACUUUGGCUCCUGCGAGACUUACACUGACCAGUAACCAGCAGCCUCAUCAGCAAGCGGCAGUGUCACGGGGGACCAAUUUCACAGGGCCCGUUCGACAACAACAAGCAAAUUUAUUCCGUCGACGACAUUCGAAUGAUGAAGAAUCCUGGGAGGCAGGUGAAGAGGCUCAUGAUUGCACUCGUAGUGCGAAACGAGAUCCUCCUGUUGUACGACGAAGGAUCAAAGCGCUCCUGAAAAUUCAACUUGAGGCAUUUGCUUUGCGAGCAGACAUGACCAAAGCCAUACUCGAAUUUGAGGCUCAAUUUUCUGAAAAGAUGAAACCAUUGGAGGAGAAGCGUCAGGCCAUCGUCGCUGGCUUGUACGAACCAACAGAUGAGGACUGUGAUUUGAGAGAUAAAAUGCCUCGUGAUCAAAAAUUAAACUAUGACCUCGAAGACAUAGAUCUGGAUAAGACUUUGGCUAACAUGGCCCUUGAUUCUGAUGACGAAGAAGUUUCAAAUGCAAAAAUACCCCAUGUUGAGUUCACCAUUUGUGGCGUUCCGUCUUUCUGGGGAGAAGUUUUACAAGGGUGUUCACUCCUCGCGACACGCAUUGAUGACGAAGAUGUCCCGAUCUUAAAGUGCUUAACGGAUGUCACCCUUCAAAUGUUCUCCAAUGCUGAGCAACAAGGAUACAAAAUUUUCUUUCAAUUCGGACCAAAUCCUUAUUUCAAAAACACAGUUCUGACGAAAACUUUCUUUACAAGUUGUGGUGUAAAAUAUGAUAAUCCAUUUUCUGUUGUGCAUGAAGCAUGGCCCUUGCACUGCGAGGGAUGCGAGAUUGAGUGGUUAUCGGAUUCUAGUAAUUUGACCUUUAACUUUAUUAAGACGAAAAAGACGGAUAGUAAAGGUCGUGUUCGUGACUUGGUUAGGAAGAUCGAGAAGCCUUCAUUUUUUCAUUUUUUCAAAACGAUUUCGCUUAAGACUCAGAACCAGAGCCGAUACGACCUUGAGGAGAAGAAGGAAGAGUUGGAAGAAGAUUUCAAAUGUGGAGAGAUUAUAAGAACAAAAGUUAUCCCGGGUGCUGCUUGGUACUAUGUUAACCCAGAUGAUACAGAGAAUGCCAGUGACGAUGAGAAUGUUUCACAAGAGUUGCUUGUUUUUGGGAAACGGGACCGGGACGGCAGAUUCAAGAUAAGUGUGACCGAUGUCGAAUGUUCCCCAUCAUCAACAGGAGAAGGAAUGAUUGCUGAAACAUCUCAUAAUUAAAUUCACUGCAAUAUACAUCUUAUUCAAAAAAUGAGUUUUUACGUAGAAUUUAGACUAGUUGUUGCUUAUUUUUGUUGCUAAAAAUGUAUGCGUUACAGUUAAUACACAUCAACAUUGAAUACAGAGGGGAAAUAAGUUAGUAUGCAUCAAUCCUAAUAGGAUUAUCCUAUAUGAUAAAUCAGUGUAUGUACUUCAGUAAUUAUAAUUUCUUUAUUACUAUUGUUUCAUUUUAAUGAUGCAACUUUCUGCAUUCUAUGCUAAUGUCAAUAACCAAUUUCACUUUAUAGCUUUAUAAAAUAAUUUUUGAUUAUCUGACAUGAAAAUUACCUGCAUUAUAAAACAUAUAACAAAUGAAAAUAAAGAUCGAAAAGUUGUAACCUGUU